AAUUUAAAUUACUCGAUUCAUGAACCUCUCUACACGUUUAUAUAUAUACGGCAAACACUAUAGCUAGUCUCCAUUACAUUAUCAGAAGUCAGAAGAAGAAGUAGAGAGAACAAAGCAUGAGUGGCUAUUCCAAAAUGGAUUCAACAGACCAGAAACCCGAUACAGACCACCCUGUCAAUCCUCAUCAGACCCAGAAGCCCGAUCCGGAACCUAUCCAAAUGAUACCGAAGCUGAGUAGGAACAGGUCAGUGUCUGCGUCAGGACAAGCGGUUCCUUCACCAAUGAAGAUGUCUAUGAGAAGAUCUUCGUCUGUCUCUGAACGCUACUGUAGAAUCUACGACCAGAGCUCUGCCACAACGUGGCCUCUUCCUUUCCAUGAAGAAGAUGAUGAAGAAAAUGAUGAUAAAGAGAAGGCCGUUCAUAAGAAGAAGAAGAGCAGCAGCAUCAAGAAAAAAGCAUUCGUAAAGGCUUGUAAGCGUUUUUUUGGGAUCUCGUGAAACCUUUUCUUUUCUUGUCUUCUACAUCCAUCUUAUAUCAUAUAACACAGAUCUCAUUGUUAUUUUAUGUUUUAGAGUCUUUAUCCUUUCUUUUUUUUCAUGAAACGUUUAAUACAAGAAAAAUUUCCCUAUAUAAGUUGUUAUCGAUUGCUUUGAAGUAUAUUGGUUUUACGUGUUUUGCUUUCUUGAUUGAGUAAUGACUAAUGAGAUAUGAUGAUUAUACUA